AUGGAGGAAUCCAGCUCACAGAAGUUGGUUUGGGACGGCGACGCCAAAGCAGUGCAGCAGUGUCUAACGGAUAUAUUCACCAGUGUCUACACCACAUGUGACAUUCCGGAAAAUGCCAUUUUCGGGCCUUGUGUUUUGAGCCACACGUCGUUGUAUGACAGCAUAGCCUUCGUAGCCCUCAAAUCAACGGACAAACGAACGGCGCCAUACAUCUUCAGGGUGGACACGUCAGCAGCCAACAGCACGUCUGAGGGCUUGAUGUGGCUACGGCUCGUGCAGUCGGCGCGGGACCGGGACGAGCAGAACCUCGAGGCCUACGUGAAGAACGGUCAGCUGUUCUACCGGUCUCUCCGGAGGAUCGAGAAGGACGAGGAGCUGUUGGUCUGGUACGGGAAAGACCUGAUUGAGCUGCUGCUGCUUAGCGCUGGCAAAGCGCCGGUCAAGACCAAGGGGUCGGCUCCCUAUUCGUGUCCUGACUGCAACCAGCGCUUUCAGUUUGAGUUCCCUUUCCUGGCCCACCUGAGGUUCCGCUGCACCAAGAGACUACAGAGCAUGGCGGCGGGCGAUGUGGACGAGGAGGUCCACAGUAAGGAGCCAAGCACCGAGCGCCCUAACCCCAACCUUACAAAUACCACACCCACCAGGGCAAGCCCGAAACUGGGCCGCUCGGAGGGGGACAACGCCAAACCCUCCACAGACUUCCAUAACCUAGCCAGGGACCUAGAGAACAGCCGGACUAGCCCACCCAGCGACCGCGAGGCUGAGAUACGCAGCGAGAGCUCUGGGAAGAGGAAGUUCUCAGAGGUAGAGGACAGGGAUAGAGAAAGGGACAGGGAUGGUAGCAGGGCCUCUCUGAGUCUGUCUCAGUCCCUCAAGUCUAAGGAGGAGCUGGCUAGCUCGGCACAGAACUACCGGGGAGCGUACGGCCUGGAGGAGAACCGACGAGGGCCGACGUUCUCCCCUCCAGGGUCGGGGUCCACCGAGUCGGGUGGUGAGGGGAAACGCAGCGCCUUCACCGAGGUCAAGAAGUCUCCACAGAGCCUAAAGACGCACGGUAACAGCAGCAGCACCAAAAACCUACAGAACUCCAACGCCGAAAACAAGGACGGAGGUCGUCCCAGCCAAGGCAGCAACCCUACCCAGGAGAAGCAGCUCAACAUCAGGCAGGUUCUGUCGGAGACUCAGCCUGUCCAGUCACAGACCCGCAUGGAGGCCUCUCCGCUAGGGAGCGCCUUCACCUCCGUAGCCCAGCAUGGUGGGGGGAACAGCGGGGAGAGGAAGAGCGCUUUCAGCCAACCCUCUCGCCACGCUACCUCCUCCUUCUCCCAGAUCUCUCCUCUGGUCAUGGCCACGCCCAAACUCCUGGACUGCCACCCGACGGUGGGCGACACCAUCUCCUCCUCUAGACUCUACCAGGCAGACCACCUGGUCGCCAAACUCCACGGCGCUGAGCUGAGCACCAAUUGCCCUGUGCCGGGCGCCAUGUCCAAGCAGAGCCCGUUCCUCUACGCAGCGGCUGCUGCCACAGCCUUCUGGCCUAAGAGCCAGGGCCCCAUCCAGCUGCAGAUGCCCUCAGCGUUAACCUUACUCCCCCCCUCCUUCACCUCUCUGUGUCUGCCCGCCCAGAACUGGUGCGCCAAGUGCAACGCCUCCUUCAGGAUGACCUCUGACCUGGUGUACCACAUGAGGUCGCACCAUAAGAAGGAGUUGGCCAUGGAGCCGAUGGUGAAGAGGAGGCGUGAGGAGAAACUCAAGUGUCCAAUCUGUAACGAGUCGUUCAGGGAGAGGCACCACCUCUCGCGUCACAUGACCUCCCACAACUGA